AUGUCGGAGGGGCCGUCCGAUCUGUCCAAUUCGCAUUUAGAGCCCCCCAAGAAGACCACUGAAAUGCAAGAUUCAGGAGCUGGUGACCAUAUCUCCGAAAGCGAAGACGAACACUUCUCGGAUGCUAGCGAAGGCAACGCAGAACCCCAGGCGCUCCCACAAUCUGGGCGCACUUCCCCUGUCCCACGAACGCGAGUCGAGAAGGUCGACAGCGACGCUCAACUCGGCGAGGUACCCGGCACAGCGGCAUUCGAAACGAGAGGACAAGAUGCCGUGCCCGACGAAGUUGAAGUGAUUCCAGAGGGUACACACAGCCAGAACGAUUCGGCCGCGGGGUCGGAGGACCAACCUCUUGAGUCCGAAGGUUCACCGAUCCCGCGGACAAUGGUUGAGAAGGUUGAUCCAGAUGAACCUAGCUACGGCGAAGUACCGGGCACCUUGGCAAACGAAAAGCGCCUCGCCGAUGCCGUUCCUGACAUGGUUACAAAAGCUUCGGACUCGGAGGGUAGUCCGACACCACCAGCUCUAGACCCUACAUCCCCGAAGGUUGAUGUUUCUGAACAAAUUAUCCCGGAGACACGACUCGAACGUGUUGAUACCAUACCUACCGAUGAAGAAUCGUCGCCACACCCACAGGCUCAUCAGAGCGCACCAAGCGACACAUUACCGGAUACGGUAGAAACGGUUCCAGAUGUUUCAUUGUCUGAUGACCCUCAGCUUCCAGUCCAGAGUCUCUCUUUGGGAGAGGAUGCGAAAGAAUAUGAUGAAUACGACGAGCAAGAAGACGAGCAAGAAAUGGGGGAUGACUUUGACGAAUUUGUAGAAGAGCAGGAAGACAUGGGAGACGAUGACUUUGGAGAUUUUGACGACGGUUUUCAAGAGCCCAGCGCAGAGGAUGUUGAGGAGCCUCCAGCAGACACGACCACAGCAUCUCAACAGCAUCAAACACUCCCAUCAGUCCCUCCUAUCAUUGAUUUCAACACCUUCAAAUCAACCUCUGAACUCCUCAACUCUCUCCAAGACACCUUAAACACCCUCUUCCCCUCAUACGACAACCUCAGCUCCCUGCCUCCAGUCGAGCCAAUCCCAGAUUCGGCCGCAAUCUUCAGCACGGAGCGCUCUCUCUCCCUAUGGUCCCAACUCGUGGCACCACCACCCCUCCAACCCCAAAAUUGGGUCAAAUCCCGCAUCCGCCGUCUAUUCCUCGUAUCACUAGGCGUCCCCGUCGAUCUUGAUGAGAUCCUCCCCGCCUCAAAACAGAAAAAGCUCGUCCUCCCCUCCAUCGACCUAGAAGGUUCCGGCGCCAAAAGCCCCCGCUCAACCAGCCAAGCCCGCAAAGAUGAUACCCCAACAGACCCCGAAAAGGCGCCGCCACCACGCCAAAAGACGUCUCGGCGUACCGAUCCAUCCCCACCGGGCAUGGACCUCUCGGCGGUCCGUCGACUGUGCGCUACUACUGAUGCUGCGCUGAAUGGUCUCACGGACGCGGAAUUGAAGUUGCAUGUUGGGGAACUGGAACAGGUUACUCAGCGCGCUAGCACGGUGCUUGAACACUGGCUCAAAAGGCGGGAUGGCCUGGUUGGUGAGAAAGAGGCUUUCGAGGGCGUUAUCGAGAACCUUGUUAGCCAUGUUCGGAGAGUCAGGAAAUAG